GCAAAGACAAUGCGCCUCUUGACCUUCAUAGCGCUCGCCCCGGCAGCGAAUGCCUUGCUGAAACCCACUCGCCGCGCGCCCGUCCCCAAACUAAGGGUACCAGCCGAAGCCGGCGGCGCGGCCGUCGCGUCCAAGUCGUCCGUGACGUCGUCGACGCUCAACCUCGCGAAGAACAUUGUAGGAGCGGGCGUCUUGUCCCUCCCGGCGGGCAUCGCCGCCUGCAGCGCGUCGAAGAAGGCCGCGGUGCCGGCGUGCGGCCUCAUCGCCGGCCUCGGCCUCGUCUCCGCGUACUGCUUCGCGCUCGUGGGCCGCGCCUGCGCCGCGACGGGCACGACGACGUACCGCGGCGCCUGGGAGUCGGCCGUCGACAAGGACAGCGGCGCGCUCAUCACGGGCAUCACGACCUUCAAGACUCUUGUGGGCUGCAUCGCCUACUGCAUCAUCAUCGGGGACACGGCGGGGUCGCUCCUGUCGGGCGCGGCCGUGCCCGAGCUCCUCAAGCGUCGGGAUGUGUUCUUGUCGCUCUUUGGAGCCGCCGUGCUCUUCCCGCUCUCGAUGCUCCGGGACCUGAAGUCGUUGGCGCCGGCGUCGAUCAUUGGCCUGGGCGGUAUGUUGUACACGGCGGGCGUGACCGUGUUAAGAGCGUUAGAUGGCACGUACCAGAAGGGCGGGCGCCUCGCCGCGGCGCUUGUCAAGGAGGGCAAGGCUUUACCGAAGUUCGGCGGCGCCUUCUCGCCGGGCGGCUCGCUCCUCUUUAUCUCCAUGCUCGCCACGUCGUACCUCGCGCACUACAACGCCGCGGCCUACUAUGACGAGCUCGAGAACCCGACGCUGCCGCGCUACAACCGCGUCGUCUACGGCGGCUUCGCCAUGGCCGUGGGCUUCUUCGUCGCCAUCGCGGCGGCGGGCCACCGCACCUUCGGCGCCGCGAGCCAAGGCCUCAUCCUCAACUCCUUCGCCGGCGCCGACAAGCUCGCGAACGCCGCGCGCGCGCUGGUGGGCGUCGCCGUCGCGUGCACGUACCCGUUGCUCUUCAAGGGCGUGCGCGACGGCUAUUUUGAUAUUGCCAAGGUCAGCCCGGCGAACCAGGAGAAGCAGCGCACGCCGGCGACGAUCGCCAUGGUGGCCCUCACGGUGCUGGCCGGCAUCAAGAUCACGGACCUCGGCUUCGUCGUCGCCUUCGGCGGCGCCAUCCUCGGAUCGGCCAUCAUCUACGUGAUCCCGUCGCAGAUCGCGCUCUCGGCCUGCAAGAAGGGCAAGCUCGCGCUGGGCGGCGCCGAGAAGCUCGCGUGCCGCUCGAUCAACGUCAUGGGCUACGUCCUCGCCGUGCUCGGCGGGACGGCGUCGGUGCUCUCGCGCAUGGGCAAGAUCUAGACCGGGCGCCUGCCCCCCUCUCCCCCUAGUACAUAU